GUGUUUCAUCACCAGAUGAAUCACUGAGAAGAGAGUUGAAAAUACGACUCGCAGCGGAGUAUUUUUGACGAACUUCGAGGUGUUUCAUCUGGUGAUGAAACACUGUGUCGAGUGCUUGAUUAUAUGACUUCUCAAACAAAGUGAUUUUAGAAGGAGAAGUUAAGGAUGCAAAAAUGCGCAGUUUUUCGUCUGAUCAGUUCCAAACACUCAUUAAACAUUAAUUUCCUCCAUAUGCAUUUUUACACUUUAAAUUGUUUGUCUUUAUAUAUAAUGUUAGUGUUUAUGAUAUGAAUAUUUUUAGAAGGUGGUCUGUCUUGUAUGGGUUCUUUGACCUUUUCACAGACUGUCCUUAUGGCAAUGCCUUUCUUUUUAACACUUACCUGAAACCCUUGCCAUUAAAUUGUAAUAAAUAUAUUCCUUUCUUUACUUUAUAAAUGACCGUAUUUUGAACAACGUUUUAUUGUGAAUCACUGCAGAUAAUACACAUCAGUCUCAUUUCCCUUGAGUGAUGUCUCUCAUUAACAAUUAGUUCAUGCGGCAGCGUGCGUAAAGGCUAGAGUUGCACUCGGCUGCGCCUCGUGCAACUCUUACGCCUCUUUCGUGCUCUCCAAACUUCCCGCGUGCUCAAUAUCUCGACAUACGCACAGCUGCAGCAUGAACUAAUUGUUUUAUAACAUUAUCAAAGCGAUCAAUGCAGCAGUUAACUGAAAAUUUUAAGCAGUACGCGUUAAUGAUUACGUGACUAUAUUUUUUUUCCUCACAGUUAAUCUUAUGUUUUUAUCCUGAAACUGAGAGAAAGUGUACUCUAAAAUGAUUGCAAAAUCCAUAUUUAGGUGCCGGAAAACUUUUAAUUUACCGAAAAAUUGUUAUUGAGAGAAAACAACUUUGCAAAGAAUGAUCUCACGCCAUAGCCCGCACAGCUCGCCGAGAUGACAACAACAACAACAACACUCACCUCUUUUCCUUACUAUCGGUUAACAAAUUCAAACCUUUCCUCUUAAAUUUCCUUAUAAAACACAUGGUAAACGCUUCAUUGUCUAUUGCUGAGUUAUGGAUGCACUCGGGAGACUCAGGAUUGCUAAGCUCCCAACAACUCGAGGAAUUACGAAUAGUUUAUUGACGUCAUCAGCGUGCUCAAUAGGAAUAUGAAGCACGCUCGCGCUAUUGAAUUUGAUUAGGCGAAUUUUCUAGCUAUGUUAUAAUUUUAUUUUGUGCAUUUUUCCCAUGGCGAAUGACCUAACAUGCUUAUUUUUAAGGCCAUCGUUCUUUCCUCGCCCUAGGCUCUCGCCUAUAUAUGAAACGCGUCAAGGCAUCGUGUUAUAACUUUUUGAUAGUGUUUUAUCUUUAUAUACGUUUACAUGUGAUGCACUUUCGAUCAUGCACACAUGUCAAUUUGCCCAGUAUUAAGUUAGUAGUAGUAUUUGUAGUAGCAGCAGUAGUAGUAAGUGAUGAUGAUGUUUUGGUUUUUGAGAAAACUGACGUUCUUGUGUUUAGCACGAUACAGACCUUUUCGCGGAUAUAAAAAGAGAAGGAAUAAAAAUGAGUUAAGUUUCAUCUUAGUUUAUUUUACUAGUUGCUCGAAUUAUAUGAUUUCACAGGGCGUCUUAUCAUCACAAGGCACCUCAAAGAAAUCAGGGGAAAAGGAAAAAGAAACCGCAAGUAGUUCUACAAACCAUUCGCUUCCAGAUCCCCUGGCUACUGCGCUGUUAAAAGUGUUGGCUACAGUUCUCCAAUGCUUUGCCACAGCAUCACCUGAAGAGAAGGAAGUAGCUACACUAGUUCAAAGAAUGGUGGAUUUGAUCAGGUAAAUUGAGGCCUCACUUCUGUCAGUAGUGAGCUUACGCAACAGGACGGGGAAGCACACAAGCGUUUUACCGUCCUUUUUUUUCCUGCCUCCCUGUUGCGUAAACUUACUACUAAUAGGUGACGAGCACGCGCUAUAAUUCUGGCUGGGACACCAACCGACUCCACCGUAUCUGUUCUCUGCUAACUUUGAAUUCUAGGAGCUAAAACCACGCCACAUUCUUAAUGCAUUUUAGAAAAUGUCCUUUCUUGGAUGUGUUAUCAAAAACGCAUUAAAAGUUCCGCACCCAUACUAGCGUUGUCGAAUCGUUUUCGACCAUCUACACCAAGCUAUGGAAGAUGGACACCUGGCGAUAGUUUUAUUUCCAGGCUGUUCUGGAACGCGUUAACUUCUCAGUAUGCGGUUCGCUUCUAUCGUGCCAGUGUGUAACUUGCCAUUGAUGAGCUUGUCAACAAGCAGGUUGAGUACUAAAUGGCAGGUUAGAGUUGUUAGAUGCCUCGACGUAGCCUUGACUGUUGUUUGAUCUGUCUUUUAGUUAUGUGGUAUGCUCCGGCGUAGUUGAUGACAUCGGAACGUUCUUUAGCACGAUUCACGGACCACUUAACGAUGAUCUUGCGGCUGUUAGUUACGCUCAGGCCUGUUUGGCUCUGUUAUCUGCCACCGCUCAGUACCUAGGAUCACGGUGAGCAAAUUGCCGUCUUUUAUUUAUUAGAGACCUUUAGAUUCUAAGACAAGUACGACUACGAGAAAGAGAUUUUCUCAAUACUUAGUGUGAACCAACGUCAUUUUGGCGCCGAAACGCAAUAGCCGAGCGUGACGUCAUUCUCAUUCUAUUGCGAAUUUUAGCGAGAAUGUCGUAGUGUCGAAAACAAGUUAUCAAAUGUUAGAAGUUUUACCAUUUUGCGAUCGGCAGAGGGCAUAACCUCCUUUAAUAACAGUUAAUCGUGAUAACGUUUUAACUGCUGAAUAAAAAGAAAAUGAAGCUUUCCGGGGUGUCUAUUUUGUGAGGAUACGCGAGAAAACGUCAAGUAAAAUCUCGUCCUCGAAUCUAAAGGUUUCUAGUAUCAAUAUAAAAGCGCCCUUAUCAUGAGAAUUAACUCGUUAACAUUCGGAGUUUGGUCAGUUUAAACAACCAGGUUAAAACGUGCAUGGAACUUUGUUUCAAUGCUUUCGAACAUUUAUUUUGCAAGUCAGUAACAUAUUUUGAAUCCCCUCGCUCCAGCUCACGCACUUAUUCACGUUAAUUAUAGUAUUUUUUUUCUGUUUGUUUUUAAUCAACAGAUUGCAUAUACCGCUUACCGAAGAACCUUCAAGUAACAGAUAGCUACGCUAUCUCAUUAACAUGUCUAUCUGCUUUCUCUGAAGAUCUUUCUACCUUUUUUCCUUCCUAGGUCGAGCAAUAUUUUUGAAAACAGAAAAGAAGACCUCACUCAAUUUAUUGCGACAUUUCAACAGACAGAACUUAUAGGUAAGUCAGUGGAGUUCAUUUGUAUCAAAGUAAAGUCUAUGUCUUGAUUUGAUUUGUUGUGCUCUGCUUCAAACUCGAGAAAUCUUUCUUUAUUGUUGUAGAAAUCGUGUCGUUUCUCUAUGCCACCCUAAUGAGUACGGCGAAUGCACAAUCCUCAAACCCAACACUUCCAGAUGCCACCAUUAACUUGGUUACUGAUGCACUCUGUAUGUUAAACUUUAUGGCAACAGUGGAUUUAAACGUUUUACAGGUAGGAGGGACCGUUUUCAGAUUUGCACUUGUAUAGGAAAAGCUGUGAUCCUCUUACGCCGGUUUGCUUUCUUUUGUUUACAGACCUCCCUGGGAGCUGAAGGUGUUUCUUUGGAAUUUCGACACAUAAUUAGUCAUCUUUUGUGGUCAGUAAUCUGCGCACAAAGAUUUGCUUGCGUGUAGGCGUCUCCUAUUUACUUCGUUUUGCGUGCAGCAAAAGAAAUAGGAGUUGUCUGCUAACAAAGAUCGCUACGCUGUAGAGUAGGAAGAGUUUCCCAGCUGUUUUACGCGAGUAUAGAGUGAGGUCACCUUCAUCGUUUGGGCCGCAGAAUUUGGGAAGCGACCGCUUGCCUAAAAGUGUAAAGUGGCGCACGCAGUAUAUUAGCCAAGCCAGUGAUGGUUUUGAUGGGCGGAAAAUUUGCCACUGUGCUGAUGUGUAAGUUUUAGACAGUCAUAGAAGUCGACGAUUAAGGCAUUUUGCAUCAAGAGCCCUUUACAUCGAUGAAAAAAGCUCAACUUGUGACUUUUGCGGCAGACCAAUAAUUAGUCUAAUGAGUGAGUGUUCAACGCGGAAAAAUUGACUAAGUUGCAACUAUAACUUCUCGAAAAUCAGUCAAGUUCAUGAGAUAUGAAAAGAAAAAGUCAAAUUGAUGUUCCAAGAUUUAUUGAAAACGAAAAUAUUAGCAUCUUAGGCGUUUCAUAAGAGCUCAUUUUUUAACAUAUCGGUCACGGUAAAUUUUCUGCGGUAAAUGGAUUUUACUGUUGUCUAAAACUGUGGCUGACAUGGGCCUCUUCUCCAACCCUUAUUCGGCCAUGUCUAUUAUUGCGUAUCUGUUAAUUUUUGGUACAUUUAUCCUCGCAGUGUCUGCAGUGAAGGAAAGAAUGAAGAUCUUCUUCAUGAAGUGAUUUUAAUCGGUGGUUAUUUCACAGUUUUGAACACCGACAACCAGGUAAUUGCUACCAAGAGCCUAAGUGGCUGAAGCCAAACAACUAAUGCUGCCUGGUUAAUCCGUAUUAUUCAUGUACUUAAUUUUCUUUUUAAGAAUUUGUGAACAACGGUUAAAUUGUUUUCCAAAUAAAUUGCAACACAUGCUAGCGUUUUUUGCAGAAUGAUUGGGCGUAUCAUUUAUUGGGGUGGUAAAGGCCCGUGUAAACAGACGCAACAUUGUUGGAUGUUAAAUGUUGCGUCCGUUUGUACACCCUGUUCCGUGUUGUUGGGAGUUGUUGCAUCCGUUUGCGCACUACUGCAAACGCGCACGCAACACAUCCCAACAUCAUUAGACCAACAAUGCUGGAAGUUGUCGUGUCCGUUGCAGAUAGCCAAGAUCUGAGGACGGCGGCGGCGACAAAAACGUCGCUUAAAAAGAGAAUUCGCGUUCUUUCAAUCUUCAUCGUGAUUUCCCCAAUCACUUACUUUGUCAAAUGUAGGUGAACUCUCCUGGAGUUGAAUUUCUAAGAACCGCAACCAUGUUCCGGCAGAAAGAGAAAGAAAAUUUUGUCGUCCCUUGUUUGCGUUCUCCACAAAACGUGAAAUUAGGCAUUUUUACGCCGUAGUAGAGCGGUGACGGCAAAGAAAUAAUGUACAAAAUAAGCGUGAUGCACGUCCAAAGUUGUUGUUUUCCCAGUUAAACGUUUUGCUUUUUGGACGUUCUCGUUGCCGUCGCCGUCGCGGUCGUCGGCCCUUAAGGUCUCUAUUUACUCCGAGGCGCAACUACACGCUGCAACAUUUGUCCUUUUGUGAAAGACGUUAUAUCUCCCUUCUUUCCAAUAAGCUGCCUGUGCUUUUAUUUUAGGUAUUCGUUCAGACUGGGAGGCCUCCGACGUUACUACAGCACCUGUGUUCUUUACCAUUUCAAUAUUUUAGUGAUCCAAGGUAAGAUUUCCUUGCGCAUGGUGUGGUUUUUAAAACUAGUUUAGUUUAGUUAAUGCACAUUCUCAGUGAGUGUGGACGCUCUUUUAUGGACGCAACGUUUACAUUCAAGAUUCUAGUUUUAUUGGCUUUGAAAGACCGGACACCAAUUACAACUUGAGGCCGAAGAAACACGAAGGACUUGUUUUUGUUCUACCAAAAACGCUACCAUUCAAAACAGCAGUCAGAUUUGAAAGAGUAGCUGCAGAUCCGACGUGUCGGGGUUCAGUUCAGGUGUUUCAGUGCAAACGCCUGAGGUAAGGUUUUCUUAAGGCUUUUUACUGGCCGCGGUUAUUGACACAAAACGCUUUUAAAACAGUUUAUUGCUUUGUACACAAAAAAAACGACGUAAAACAAACUGUUAAGCCCCGUGUAAACGGACGCAACGUUGCUGGAUGUUACUUUUUGCGUCCGUUUGCACACCCUGUUGCAUGUUGUUGUGGGUUGUUGGGAGUUGUUGCACAAAGCUUGAAACCGGUCAAACUUUCAGCUACACGCAAACGGACGCAACAACUGCCAAUACUGUUGGGCCAACAAUGCUGGGAGUUGUUGUGUCCGUUUGUACGUAGGUUUAACCUCAUUUCUAAGAAACGAGCCAAAACCGUGGCAAGUUGGCCUUCGGACCGUAGUUUAAUCUUACUCAACCACUAAACAUCUUACGAUUACUAAAACGAUUAGAAUCAUCAACACCGGUAUUUGAUGGUUUUGUCCGGCCUUUGAUAAUGCUUCAAUCAUCAUCUCAAAAUCGCAAGUUUUGUUAUUUUUAACUCCCUUAUUCAAUUUUCUCUAAACGUAAAGUCAGUUUCAGUUUCGUUUUAAUUUUCUUGGCCGUGUUAUUUUUCUUUUCAGACUCAGAAACGUCUUAUUUCCAACUCUAAUCGCCGCUUGUUUUCAAAAUGAAGAAAACAAGAAGAUAAUUGAACAAGAAGUGAGCUGCGCCUUGCUCGAGAACUAUAUUGAGGUAUGUUAUAUUCGCCGGCCUCGUGUAUGUUGUUUAGGAGCCACAAUGACGGCGACGGCGGCGGCGGCGAAAACCGAUGAGAACGUAGUCAGCUACACAGCCGUUUUUAGUGUCGUCACGCAACGCUUCUCCCCACCAGUGAGUGGGGAGGAGCGUUGCGUGACGACACUAGAAACGACUGUGUAGCAGACUAGUGAGAACGUGGCGUUUUGAUACUGUUAAGUAUGCCGGCUUUUUUCAGAUCCGUAAAAACCCGAGAUCCGAUUCAGACUUGAUCUAAUGAACCGAUUCAGAGCGUAAUUUUUUAUCGUAAAGGAAUAUCGUGGAAACCGUUUUCGGAUUCAGGAAUGCGGAUUUGGGUUUUUCCCCAUGAAACACACCUUAAGUCUACAUUCAUACGGCAGCGGACGAACUUUCGACCGCCCAAAAAAUUUGACUGGACAUGUCGCUCACACCGGAACGUUCAAUAUUUUUGUUCUGUUCACACGGAGUUUCGAACGACCAGGCGUCUAGAUUUCGUACGAACGAAACAACUAAAACGCAAAAAUGUUUAACCGGUUGAAAAUGUAUCCGGUGUCACCUAACCGUAACCACUAUCCAAACUAUUUUAUUACAGAGACUUGUACUCGUGACCUUUUUAAAAGAUGCCUUUCGUGCAGUCAAUAGUACCCUGUCUUGAUCAAAGGGUUAGGCCUUGACCAACCGCCAAAUCUCACUCGACUACUGCACAAUACCGCCAGCUGCACAGGCUAGACUACUGGUAGUCCCUUUUUUUCCGCGGGGAAAAAGCUAAGGGCGACCGACCUUCCCCGAGCGCACGUGCGGUGGCGAUUUUCGCGCGCGCUCUUUAAUGUCCGUAAGGACAAUGAGGAACUCCUUGUGGCAAAGAACUCUUGGACCCCUUAACACUGCUGGUUGUAACUAAAAGCCUUCUGGUUUCUAGGAACAAAUGUUGGAUUUACAGCACGAUCAAUUGUUGCCCUCUCAGAGUGGAAGGCGAUCAGGUAUGUUUUUGUUGUUUGUAUCAAACAUUUUCUUCCUCGAAGACGCUUUCAAGGCUUUCAGUCAGUCGCUACUCACAGACACGUAAACCUGUAACACUUGAUACUAAAUUUGGAACCAAGCAACGACGACGGUGACGACAAUGAUCACGUCAAAAAAGGAAGUGGUUUAGAUAAGCAAAACAACAACUUUGCACGUUCAUCACACUUUUUUUACAUUUCUCUGUCAUCGUUGCACGUCUACGACGUGAAAAUCCCUAAUUUUACGUUUUGGGAGGGACGUGGACGCAAGACGAUUUUCUUUUUUCUUUUUCUUCUCUUGCAAACAGUCCUUUAGAAUUAAACUCCAGAAAAACUCUCUAACAUUUGACAAGCUGUACGAGAUAAAACUGUAGUAAAGUUUAAAGGAGCGAAAACUAAGUUUUCAGUAGCCUGGGAAAACAGCCGACAUUUGGCGACGCUACCACUGGUUUCCCCGCCAAAUGACGUCUGAGAAACGAGCGCAGAAAUUCCAUACUGAUGACUCGUCACUACACACAUUUGGGUAGUGCUUCUGAUUGGUCGUGCCGCGUGGGAAAUUUGAUUCAACCAAUCAGAAGCACUACCCAGAUCUGUGUAGUGACGCGUCAUCAGUAUGGAAUUUGUGCGCUCAUUUCGCAGACGUCAUUUGGCGGGGAAACCAGUGGUAACGUCGCCAAAUGUCGGCUGUUUUCUCAGGCUAAGGUUCCAGUGACAUGUUCGUUUUCUGCUUCAGAUGGAGAGGUCUCCCAGCGGUUUGCUCUUGUUAACAGAUUCCCGACAUCAAAGUGGGAAGAAGCAAGGCAAUUCCUUUUAGGUUCUUCACAGUAACUCAAUUAGCCUCACUUCUAAUACUUUGUCUAGGCUAGCUAAAGAAGUCAAUAAAAUUUAUAAGUUGCACAAAGCGUAAGCAAUUUGCACGUCCAAAUAUUUGUGUGUAAAUAAUGUCAUGUGAAAGAGUAUUUAAUAUGAAGUUGUGGCGAUGUAAAUUUGGUUGUUGUAUUAUUUAAAUUUAAUCAGAUACUUUUGCUACUUAUUUCAUGGAUGACUUGUAAAUUAUAUAGCAGGUUUGUUUUGUACAAAAUAAAAACAACAUUCAGUAAGUUAGCAUCCUGCCCCCCGCUGCCCCUCCGAAAACCUUAUCCUUUAUCUUCCUAUUUAAUUGAGAAAACAGUAAAGGCAGUAUAAUAGCAAUAAUAAUGCCAGUGUUUACGACUAGGGAACUGUUUUUAGCUUUUUCCCCAUGAGUGUACACAUGCAUAGUUUAUGUCCAAGUAUACUAUUUAAAAUGAGCGCAUAUGGUUUAUUUGUGGUAAUAAAAUAAUGGAGAACAAGUCUCAUUCUUUAUAUGUAUAAUCUGUUCAAUUUGUCCCCAGAGUUGU